AUGACUACACAAGCUGGGAUCUUUUAUCGCUCCUCCCCCGACCCUGCCCAGCCCGGGAACUCCGGCACGGUGCUGAGACGUCUCGAGCUCGAGAGUGUCGAUAUGCCCGUGUGGGUCGUGGACGUCGGCGCGCGCGUCGCGCUCACACAGACAUUCCGCAACCCCCCGUCCCCGACGGGGCGCGCUACAGGGCGCGCCAAGUACGUCUUUCCGCUGCCCGCGCGCGCAUCUGUGUGUGCGUUCGAGCUCGAGCGCGGGGACGGGCGCGGUGUGCGUGGGGAGGCGCGAGAGCGCGCGGAGGCGGAGGAGGUGUUUGGAAGGGCGGUGAGGGAGGGACGGGAGGCGGGGCUGGUCGAGUGGGUGACGGAUGAUGUUUUUACGAUCUCGGUUGGGUCUGUUCCGAGUGGGAUGAGUGUGGUUACACGGCUGGUGUUUGUCAUGGAUCUGCUUGACGAAGGAAUCCGCGAUCACAUCCGUCUGCAGCUUCCUACCGCCGUCGCCCCGCGAUACGGACCCGCUCCAGCGGCCAUCCUCGACGCAUCCUCCGCCUCAGCAUCUCCAGGCGAAACGCGGCUGACCAUCCGCGUGGACGUCCAAACAAGCGAGGAGAUCCUCGCUCUGCGCAGCCCAACGCACCCUAUCACCCUCCUGCGCUACAAAACGCGCUCCGGGCGCCGCUCGACCCGGCGCAUGUCCGCCUCCUGGGCCUCGCCCGAGUUCCUCGCGGGCGACUUCGUGCUGAGCAUACACGCGCGCGGACUCGACGCACCUCGGUGCUUCGCCUCGCGCCACCCGACAGAUGCUCACGGAGCAGUAGCGAUGCACCUCACACUCGUGCCUACCUUUUCCGGGAGCGCGCCGCGCGCAGUCCGUGCGCAGGAGUACGUGUUCGUCGUCGACCGCAGCGGGAGCAUGGGCGGCGCGCCGAUGGAGACGGCGAAGCGGACGCUGGCGGUGCUGUUGCGCGCGCUGCCUGCGCGGGAGACGCGGUUUAAUGUCGUGAGCUUUGGGAGCCACGUGGACGGGCUGUGGCCGCAGAGUGUGGUGUAUGCUGAGGAGACGCUCGGGCGCGGGAUUGCGCAUGUGGAGUCGAUGGGUGCGGAUUAUGGAGGUACGGAGAUGGCCAACGCGCUGCGGUUUGCGCUCGACAGACGCGACACUUCUCGGCCCACGGCGGUGUUUUUCCUCACGGAUGGAGGUGUCACCGACGUCCAAGGGCCAGCAGACGUCGUCAAAGCCGCUGUACAGGCCUCCGCCUCUACUCCCGCCGCCCCGCUGCGCGUCUUUGUGCUAGGGAUAGGCCCAGAGGUGUCUAGUGACGUGUGCGAGCGCAUCGCUCGUGCUGGCGAAGGUGAAUGUCUCUUCGCGCUUCACGCCGAAGAGAUCACGGGACGCUGUGCGCGCCUACUCAACGCUGGGCGGACGAGGACAGUGGAGAGUGUCGAGGUGGACUGGAACUGCGAUGCACGCAAAAGGCGCACUAGGGCAGGUGGCGUUCGCUUUGAUUCGGCGGCGUCGGUGGGAGGCGGGGACGUGCAGCAGGCGCCGCACCAGAUCACGCGCGUGUUUCCCGAUAUGCGUCUCGCUGUAUCGGCGCUGACGACGUUCGACGCCGUUCCAAAGAAUAUUCGCCUCCACGCGCGGUUUCGUGUGCAUCAGCAGGGCGCGAUGGGGAAUGGGGAAGAGCAAGAAACGGUAGAACUUGAUGUGCCAGUCACCGAGAUCAUCCCGUUCUCGAAGAACCACGAUACCAGCGACUCCGCGGAUGUCCCGCUUUUACAUGCGCUCGCCGCUCGCCGACUCAUCACGGAGAUCGAGGAGAACAGAACGCCACCGCCGCGGAUAAAGCCCGACGUGCCCACGGACCCAGCGACUGUUCGGCCGGAGCCGACGCUCGAGGAGGCCAAGCGCGCGGCUGUCGUCCACCUUGGCGUGCGGUACCAGCUCGCGAGCAAGUAUACGUCUUUCGUCGCUGUUGACGAGGGGACUGCGCGCUCUCGCGUGCCGGCUGGUGGGCGGUCUAGGUUCAGCUUCGGACGAUCGAUGCUCGCGAGGCGUCUUGGACUUCAGAAACAGAAACGGAAUGACGAGAGCGCGUCGUCUAGCGAUUGGGAGGACAGUGCAGGAGCGGCUGGUCCUGACGGCUCAGGCGAUGAUCUGUUGGGUGGAAUACUUGAUGGGCUCACAAAUCUGGCGUAUGGUGCAUGGACCAUGGCUUUCGGCCCUCCGUAUGCAGACACGAGUGCUCCGCCAGUAGGGAGUGACCGUGGACGCCUUCCGGGCGGGCUGGGCGAUAUCAAUGGCGAUACCGAGUCAGUCGCUUUCUCAUUCAGAACAGAGAGUUCUGGCGCACGUACAACGCAACAUCGGUACAGCGACGCUAGCGGCUCGGACAGCGCCAGCGUUCGCACAUUCUCGACGCUCAGCUCGCUUACCGGCUCGUCAUCGAGUUCUCGCUGGACACGCAGCCGCACACCGAGUCCACCGCGCCAUCUGCAUAUCGACGACGAUCCCGUCGGUCGCGUUCCCUCCCCAGUAUUCGGUCCCAUAAACCUCGCACCCUCCCACAUCGCCAGACACCACCAUCUGCACACCCAACCACCCCCCCAAACCCAUCCUCCACCCGCCCACCCCCGCACCCCCCUCGCACCAUCAGCCCAAACGCUGCUCGCCCUCCAAUCAUUCGACGGCUCCUUCCCCCCAUCCACAUGCACCCCCCACCUCGCCGCCGCACUCGGCCAUCCCGCGCUCGCGCGCCGCACGCGGUUCCCCGCGGACAGGCGGGUCAGCGAGCGAGUGUGGGCGACUGUGCUGGCGCUCGUGUGGGUCUGUCGGGCGCUGGCGCGGGCGGGGGAGGAUGAGCUCGGGGAGGUUGUGCGUGUGAAGGGUGUUGAGUGGUUGGAGGAGAGUGGGGAGGUGGUUGUAAGUGAUAAUAAGAAAGGGGAGGGGAGAGGGAGCGGUGGACGUGGGGACGCGGAUGUUAGUGGCAAGUGGGAGCUGGAGGCGCUGUUGCGUGAGGCGGAGGCGGCGGUGGGUGAGAAUGAGGAGGAAGAUGGUGCGAUUGUUAGUGGGCAGGCAUGA